CGUGUGUCAGUGCCUGGCUGGCUGGGUCACAGUGAGGUGGUUCGCCGCGACUCUAUCUCUCUCUCGCUCACUCGCUCACUCACUCACUCACUUUAAAAACAAUAGUAAUAAUUCUUCUAUAUUUGUCUCUCACUCACUCACUCUCUCACUCUCUGUAUUUGUUACCGUUCUCGCUCUAUUCUCUUUCUCUCUCACUCGUUCUAAUUAUCGUGUUUUUUAUCAACGAAGGAAGUUAUCUCUAUCUUUCUCUCUCUCUCUACUCGCUCACUUCGUUCAACGGGCAGAUUCUGAUGCAGGAACCGUGAACUUUCUCAGGGACGGACCCCCACCCCCCCUCCUCCUCCCUCGCCUCCCAGGUACACCCAGGAACAAGAGAGAGAGAGAGACACGACUAGAGAGAACACCCGUGUGUGCCAGUGAAAGCAGGAGAGACAGUGGCCGGGAGAGAGCAGCAGCAGCACCAGUAGUUUAGUUUUCGCCACCGCUGCCGCCGCCGCCACAAUGGGCAAGCAGAACAGCAAACUCAAGCCAGAAGUGUUGGAAGACCUCAGAUCCAACACUGAGUUCACAGACUCUGAGAUUCAGGAGUGGUACAAAGGGUUCCUGAAGGACUGUCCAACAGGUCACCUUUCUGUUGAGGAGUUCAAGAAGAUAUAUGGAAACUUCUUCCCUUAUGGUGAUGCAUCAAAGCAGUUUGCCGAGCACGUGUUCCGGACCUUUGACGCAAACGGAGAUGGAACGAUUGACUUCCGGGAGUUCCUGUGUGCUCUCUCCGUCACUUCGAGAGGCAAGCUGGAGCAGAAGUUAAGGUGGGCCUUCUCCAUGUAUGACCUCGACGGCAAUGGCUACAUCAGUCGGCAAGAGAUGUUGGAAAUUGUUACGGCGAUCUACAAAAUGGUUGGGUCGGUGAUGAAGAUGCCAGAGGACGAGAGCACUCCAGAGAAACGCACUGACAAAAUCUUCCGCCAGAUGGACAAGAAUAAGGAUGGCAAAUUGAGUCUGGAGGAGUUCAUCGAGGGAGCCAAGAGUGACCCCUCCAUCGUGCGUCUCCUGCAGUGUGACCCCCAGUCCUCCCAGUGACCUCCCUUACCCUGACCUCCCUAGCCCUGACCCCACAUCCCACCCCCACAGUAAUUGGAGAGAGAGAAGGGUGGUCGUUUUGUCCCGAGCCCUCUCUCUCUCACCUCUCGUCCUCGCCCGCCCAAGCAUUCCUCCUUCCUAACCCAGAUUCUCUAUUUGUAUGACUCCUCUGCCUUCCACACGUCCGGGGUCCCGCGUGGUCCCUGCGUGGUCCCUCCGUGGUCCCCCGUGGUCCGUUGUAAGGGUUCUGGUCCCCGGGCGGCCCCAGUGUUGGUCCGCCGGGGAGGGGAGCCGAGGAGAGUCACCCAAGGUUUUCUAGCAUAGAGGUACUGGGGACACUUGAACAAGAUGUCUCAACAUUUUAUCCAUUGACUGUGUUGUCCAGCUGUGGUGGACCGCUGGGGUGUGGCCGCUGGAGCCUCGCUGGGUGUGUGGCCGGACUCCUCCAGGGCGGGACUGCCGGCUGGGCGGCUCAGCGGACCGACGGACAGACAGACGCGCCCGGGGUCCCACACACGCCGCUAGCACAAACGUUUCUUGUCUGGUGCUUGCCGCGGGUCAGCACGGCCCCGCUGGUGAGUGGCAGGCGGGCGGUGGCCCCGCGGUGACCUGUGCUGCUUUGGAGUGACCAGAGGUCAGCAGGGGUCGCCGCCCCCGGCCCCCCCGGGCUGUGCUCGGCCCCGCGGCGGUUGGCUUUCCUUUCUCCGUUGUGUCCUGAGUCUGUCAUCAACAUACCAUUUAUUGUAUAUGUAUUCCAUCUCUUUUUUAUUUCCAUUUAUUAUUCCUAUUGCAUGUUUAUACAAGCAGGUGUUUGGUAUAUCUCUUUCCCAUAACUCCCUCGAUUCAAACACUCCCGGCCACAAACAGGGGGAGCUGCUAUAAUAAUAAUAAUUAUAAUAAUAAUAAUAAUAAUAAACUCUAACGGAUUAUAAAUAUUUUGUAACUUUUAAUAUUAGACGACUUGCGUAAGUACUGGUAAUGAGCUAAUGUUGCAUAAUGACUAAAGGCUAAAGGUGUAUUAACUACUGUAUGCUAGAGCCAGGAGCUGACGUAGCGCCUUACUUAGACACCACACAGCUGCAGCGGCAGCGGCGGCGGCGGGGCACAAGGGACAGACUGUCUUACUGGGGAAGCAAAUGUUCAUAUCCCAGGGAGAACAAGGAACAAGGGGAAAAUAGCAGUCUGCCAUGUACUGGGAAAAUAAAAAGCAUUGCACAGGAGGAACAAAGAAAUUUUUGUUGUUAGAUUUGGCCUGAGAGUGAUAAUGUCCAUAGUCCAGGAUGAACAGAGAGUGGGAUGAAGAUUUUGUUGCAUAGUUAACACUGGGAGAGUAAAGUGAGAUAUCCCAGGAAGAACAAGGAGUGACAUUAAGUUGGAUAGCUAAUACUGGGAGACUAAAAUUUGACAACCCAGGAAGAACAAGGAGAGGGAUAAAGUUUUGUUGCAUACUAGCACUGGGAGAGCAAAAUUACACAUCCCAGGAAGAACAGAGAGUGCAAAGUCAAGAAGUGGGAUAAAGUUUCUGUUGUCUGAUUAGCACUGGGGAAGUAAAGUCACACAUCCCAGGAAGAACAAACAUGGAUAAAGUUUGCGUUGUUUAGUUAGCACUGGGGAAAUGAAGUUAUGCAUCCCAGGAAUAACAAACAGGGAUAGAGGUUUUGUUAUAUGAUUAGCACUGGGGAAAUAAACUUAUAGAUCCCAGGAAGAACAGGAAGUGGGAUAAUGUUUGUGUUGCCAACUUUGCACUGGAGAAGUAAAGAAAAAACAAGGAGUAGGAUAAAGAGGGAUAAAGUUUGUGUUGCCUGGCUAGCACAGGGGAAAUAAAGCAGCAAAAGUGGACAUCCCAGGAAGAGCAAGGGUUUAGCAAGAAAGUCACAAUAUAAUUGCAUCAAAAAAGAGCAAAAAAAUUAGUGAGUUUUGAUAUCAUCUGAAACACAACCCAAGCAAGUCAACUUAAAGAAAGA